UCGUUUUUUUGGAUCAUAUAUUCAUUUGAUUUUGUUUUGUGAGAACGAAAAAAUGAAAACUUUAAAAAAUUUUCAAAAAUAUCGUCGUUUCAGCAGUUCAUCAUCAUCACCAUCAUUUACCGAAAAUGUAUUAGAAACAGUGAAAUCAUUUAAAGAAAUACCCGGUCCAAAACCAUUACCAAUAAUUGGUAAUUUAUGGCGUUAUUUACCAAUAAUUGGUGAAUAUAGUUUAGAAAGAAUGUAUGAAAAUGGUUGUUAUAAUUUAAAACAUUAUGGUCAUAUUGUACGUGAAGAGAUUAGUGAAAAACAUAAAAUUUUACAUUUAUUUGAUCCAGAUCAUAUGGAAUCAAUGUUUCAACAACAACAACAAUAUCCAUAUCGUCGUAGUCAUCGUGCAUUAAUAAAAUAUCGUCAUGAAAGACCGGAUAAAUAUCAAUCUGGUGGAAUAUUUCCCGAAAAUGGUGAUGAAUGGAAACGUUUACGUGAUCUUUUCAAACAUUAUUUUCUUCGUCCAAAUUUCAUUCAAGUUUAUGAUCAACAAUUAAAUGAAAUUGUUAAUGAUUUAAUCAAAAUGAUACGUUAUGAACGACAAAAAUCAAAUAAUUAUUUAAAUGAUGAUUUUCAACAAUUUCUUUAUCGUUGGUCAUUAGAAAGUAUUUGUUCAAUAAUGUUAGAUGCACGUGUUGGUUGUUUAGAUCGUAAUAAUAUAGAUGGUGCUAAAAUGAUUGAUGGUGGUCAUAAAACAUUAUAUGCUGUAAUGAGAACAGAAUUAUAUGAUGGUUGGGAACAAAAACCAACAAAAGAUUAUGAAUGUUUAGUUGAAGGUCAAGAUCUGAUGGCAAGUGUUGUAGAAAAAUAUCUUAAUCAACGAAUUAAUGCGGUUGAAUCAUCAUCAUUCAACGAUGAAAAUGACAAAUAUGAACAAACUAUUCUUGAACAAUUAAUUCGUGAUCCAAAAAUUACCCGUAAAGAUUUAUUCGGUAUAGUUAUGGAUUUUAUUUUUGCCGGUAUCGAUACAACAUCAAUAACAGCCGGUUUUACAUUAUAUUUUUUGGCUAAAAAUCCAAAUAUUCAACAACGUUUGGCUGAAGAAUUGAAACAAGUUGUCGGUGAUGAUGGUUUGUUUAAAGCCGAACAUUUUAAUCAUACACCAUUGUUGAAAGCCUGUGUAAAAGAAACAUUACGAUUACGACCAAUAUCGAUUGGUGUUGGACGUUUAGCAACAAAUGAUAUGAUUAUUGAUGGUUAUCAUAUACCAAAAAAUACAAUGAUUAUAACACAAAAUCAAGUUGCAUGUCAAUUACCGGAAUAUUAUUGUCAACCAAAUGAAUAUCAACCGGAUCGUUGGUUAGGAACAAAUCGUAAUCGUCAACAUCGUCGUUAUCUUUAUAUACCAUUUGGUCAUGGUACUAGAAUGUGUUUAGGUCGUCGUAUUGCUGAAUUAGAAUUAAAUAUUUUAUUAGCUAAUAUUAUUUAUCAAUUUCGUAUUGAAUGUUCACCAAAAUUAAAUAUUGGACAACGAACUAAAUUAAUAAAUUUACCUGAUCGACCAAUAAAAUUACAAUUUAUUGAUCGUAAAUAA